AAGAUGACCCCCCCCCAUCCCUCCAGAGCCCUUUCCUUCUCCCUUUAAAACGGAGGAAAAGAGAGCCGAAUGAUCAGUAAGGCAGACAGAACCUUAGAAGCUACUGAACAUCAUCCCAAAGCCUGCUUCUUUCCUUGCGCUGCCAUGAAGAUCUUUGGAGCUGUUCUGCCCAUGGUCCUCCUCACUGCUUAUUUCAUCUGUCAGGUCUAUGCCACACCAGAUGGCGUCUAUACUCCAGAAAAAUGCUGCUUUGAAUAUACCAACAAGAAGAUCCCCUUGAAACUCCUGGUCAGCUAUAAGAACACCAGCAGCAUGUGCUCCAAAGAAGCAGUGAUCUUUGUGACCAAACGUGGCCUCAGCCUUUGUGCUAAUCCAAAGGAUCAGUGGGUCGAGGAUCUUAUGAAGAACCUAGACAAUAUGAAAGCCAAGAACAUGAAGCCCAUGAAGGCCCUAACCACUUCUUCUUACCCCAAUGUGACCUCUUACCCCAAUGUGACCUCACACUAAAGCAGGAGUAAAGAAUAAUUUAUUUCCAUCCAGUUUUCCACAGCUGCUCCCUGAGACAUUUAUUAUAAUUUAAAUGUUUACUCUUAUUAUUGCUGUUUAAUUUAAUGUGCCAUAAAUAUUUGUGCCUUUAUUUUUAUUUAUUUUUCUUUGUAACCAACCUUUGGGCAAGUCAUUUAACCUCAGUGGGCCUUAGCUGACUCAUUUCAAAAUGGGGGAAAUUCUUCUCCUCCCUACCUCAAGGGAAAAUGACAAGAAUUUGUUUGAAUAAUGAUUAAAUUGUCUGGAAAGAUGUUACUAUGGAAAAGGAGAUUACAAUAUGGUGAUAAAAUUGCCAUAAAAAUAAAGUUUCAUUUGUAAAACCUGG